ACUUAUUACUCUGACCAGGAGGAAGAAGGCAACUUAGUGGUCCUUACCCCAAAACUGACAUAUUCACGCUAUAUUGGACUGUCCUUUUCCUCUAUUGAAUCGGAAAAUGCAGAGACUGCAAGUGUCCAAGAAACUGCACAGACUGCAGAGACUACCACAGAUAAUGAGGAAACCCUCUUGACGACUUUGAAGGAUCUGAGAAAAGACAACGAGAAAGAGCCAUGCCAGAUGGUGCAAACGCAGACCAGUGAGGACAACAGAAAAACAAAAACAAGCAUUGAGAUCCAAAACCUGGAAGAGGGUAAAUGUGUCUGGGCCAAAGAUGAUGGAGACUGGUUUAAAGCCAAGGUUGUGAAAAUGAAGGUGGAUGGAGUGAAAGUGCACUAUGUAGGAUAUGGAGCCCAGUUCGACAAAUGGCUAUCCCUUGAUGAAGUCAAAGACUAUGAAUUUUCCAUUGGUGAAGAUGUCAAGGCUAGAUGGGAUGAUGGUUUUUUUUACAAAGGGAAGAUUGUGGAGAAGAAUGCUAAAGUAUACACAGUGCUGUUCAACGAUGGAGUGACUGGCAGGACGGAGCAUGUCAAGUUUUGACCAAUUGUAC